AUAUGAACGAGGUCCCUACAAACUUACCUGUGGACACUGUGAAGCUACGUCUAGAGAAGACUGUCAUCCGCAGGAUCCCUGCACAGGCCUUCUACUACCUGGUGGAGCUCCAGUACCUCUGGGUGACUUACAAUUCUGUGGCCAGCCUUGAUGUCAGCAGCUUUUACAACUUGAAGCAGUUGCGUGAGUUGCGCUUGGAUGGAAAUUCUCUGGCUGCCUUCCCUUGGGCAUCUCUGCUGGACAUGCCCCAUCUGAGGACCCUGGAUUUGCACAACAAUAGAAUAACUAGUGUGCCAAAUGAGGUGGUCAGGUACCUGAAGAACCUUGCCUACUUGGAUUUAUCAAGCAACAGGCUAACCACACUACCACCAGAUUUCCUGGAGAGCUGGUCCCACUUACUUACAUCAUCACAAAGCCUGGACCUUAUACCACGAAGAAUUAUUCUUGGUCUGCAGGACAACCCUUGGUUCUGUGACUGUCACAUUUCCAAAAUGAUCGAGCUGUCAAAAGUUGCUGACCCUGCUGUAGUGCUUCUCGAUCCACUGAUGAUUUGUAGUGAGCCUGAGCGCCUGACAGGGAUUUUGUUUCAGCGGGCUGAGCUGGAGCAAUGUGUGAAGCCGUCUGUUAUGACCUCAGCCACCCAGAUCACGUCUGCUCUGGGCAGUAAUGUUCUGCUGAGGUGUGACGCUUCUGGCUACCCUACCCCACAGCUCACCUGGACCAGAUCCAACAGCUCACCAGUUAAUUAUACAGUAAUUCAGGAAUCUCCAGGGGAAGGAGUCAGAUGGUCCAUAAUAAGCUUGACAGGCAUUUCUUACAAGGAUGCUGGGGAUUACAAAUGUAAGGCCAAAAAUCUGGCUGGAAUGUCAGAAGCUGUGGUUACUGUGACAGUGGUUGGUGUUGUCACGACCACCAUAUCAUCAGAUGCCUCUGAAAGAACUGGAGAUCACCCUGAGGAAGAAGUCCAGCCAGGAGCUAGAGCUACAUCCAUACCUGGUUCAUUGUCAUCUCCCUGGCCUUCUUCCUCCCCUGCUUCUUCCAUUUUUCUUUCUACUUCUACUUCAUUUCCUCCCUCCACUGCUUUCUUCUCCUCAUCUCCUUUCCUCUCCUCCAUCGCUUCUUCAGCCACAACUCUAAGCACUAGAAUUUCAACAAGCCCCACCACGGCCAGCCAGCAGUCACUCCAGCUCCACCCAGAUGGGAAAAGAAAUUUAAAGGUGGAGAUGGGUGGAAGUAAGCUUCCCUCAGCCAGUGCAAGUAAAAAAGAAGAGUUGGCAUUGGUGGAUCAAGCGACGCCAAUGGAAAAGAAUGCCACGAUAGAAAAUCUCAGGGUAGUCGGUGAGACUGAAGAGAGUGUGACUUUGAUGUGGAACACCAUCAACACCACACGUAAGUCUGAGAUGACAGUAUGGUACUCCAAGUACGGUGAGAAGGACCUGCUGCUGCUGAGUUCAGACUCCAGCAAGAACCAAGUAACCAUAGAUGGCUUGGAGCCUGGUAGGCAAUACACAGCAUGUGUCUGUCUGAAAGGAAUGCCUCCCCAGAAAGACCAAUGUAUCACCUUUUCUACUGACAGAGUUCGAGAAGAAGGUGAUUCUCGAGUGUCUUUUCUUGUUGUGGUGAGCGGUACUGCCUGUGUCGUUGUCUUGCCAUUGAUUUUUUUCCUGUUGUACAAAGUUUGUAAACUGCAAUGUAGGUCAGAAUCCUUCUGGGAAGAUGAUCUGGCAAAAGAAACUUAUAUCCAAUUUGAGACCCUGUCCCCCAGGUCUCAAAGUGUAGGGGAACUUUGGACGCGAAGGCAUAGAGAUGAUUCAGAAAAACUGCUGCUUUGUUCUAGGUCAAGUGUGGAAUCUCAGGUGACUUUUAAAAGUGAAGUUUCGAGGCCAGAGUAUUAUUGCUAAGGUUUCACAGCUUAGGUACAUGUGAACUCCACAAAGUUCCUUCCACGCAAUUAAGGAUUUGAGGAUGUAGUUGACCCUCUGACUGGAUGACUUUUGUUCAGACUUUCACAUCCUCUAUGAAAAUCACAAAUGGAGUGCUUUUAAUUGUGCUUAAAAAAAACUACCUUGUGAGGGGCACCUGGUUGGCUCAGUCAGUAGAGCCUGCAACUCUUGAUCUCAGAGUAGUAAGUUCGAGUCCCACGAUGGGUGGAGAGAUUACUUAAAAGCUACCGUGAGACUUCUGAACUGAAAAAACAGAUAGUCUUGAUUUUUGUUGUGUGGAAGAUGUCCAUAGAAAUAAUUUUUGGGGUAGUGCUUAAUAAGUUAGUAGUAUGUUUUAGGGUAUUGUUUUAGUUCUUAAAAAUAAAUUGAUGUGAGAAUUGUUGUAAAAAAGUGAAGUCUGAAUUUUAAAAAGAUAGUUUUUCUGGGACAUGAAGAAAGAUUAGUAUAACCAGCUAAGCCUUGAUGUUCAUCAUGUUUGAAGCACUUUAUGGCAUCUGCUGUGGGUAUUUACUGCCGUUGCCUAGUGGGCGAGAGUGAGAAAGGACAGAAAUUUGCAUUCACUAAGGUUAAGUCCAACCCAAUGGAGAGGGAGGGCUCCAACUCUUGGUACCAUUAUGCAUUACAGGACUGUACAGUUGUAUUAAUAUUGUAAGAAAAAUUUUUCCAUUAGCCUUAGAAAUAUAGGUAUUAGCAAAAAGAAGUUUAAAAAGAGGAUCAUGAAAAUAGUAAGGCCAAUUCUAAAAAUAUUAACCAUUGCAUCCUCAUACAUUUGCUAAUAGACUGUAUGGAUCUUUAAAAAAAAGUAAGUGCUCAUUUUGAAACAAUCUCUUUAAUAUUGUGAUAUUGACUCUUCUCUUCCUCUCCUUUUCUCCUUCUCUCCCUCCACCUUCCUUCCUUCAUUUCGGUUUCCCCUUCUGCUUUGUCAGAAGAUGUUCACGUAGCCAGAGGACCACAGCUAAGCUGUUUGUCUUUUGCCAUGUUAUAUUUUCAUUUCCUGGCUACAGGGAAGAACUUUGAAAGUCUUUUUUAGAUCUGAAAAGGAGGUUUUAGGAUUUUGAAGAGCAGUUUCAAUUGAUUAACUUGGUCAAAUUUUCUAGGUAAAAAAACAUGAGGGAUAUUGAACUAGAGUGGGGCACACAGAUAGGAAAGGGGCUUCAUACAUAAAAUUUAGGUUUUUUUAAAAAAAGUUUAUCACCACCUUUACUAAAGACUAUAUUCUCUUUACACUGGAGACUUUGGAGUACAGAACAUAUUUAUUAAGGUGUGUCAGGAGUCUUGAAAUACUCUGAGAAGCAAGUUCUAAGAAAAUCCUGUAUUUUGCAUAAGCAAUAGAUUGGCUUUAAUGUAACAUAUCAUGGGUAUUAUAAUACAAGGAACUGGACAAUGAAAAAUUGUUCAUUCCAAAUAGAAUUAAAUUAAAAAGGAAAAAGAAUUCUGGUUUAGACAUACUCUGUAUAUUAGGAGGAGACCAGCAUGGAUGGAAGGCCUGUCCAAAAUGCCCAAAUGUAUAAUUUCCUCUCCUUUCCUUCUCUUUCCUUUCCAGCCUGUUUGUCCUUGGUGCUUUCAUCACUGAGUGCAUUGUCUCAUCAUCUAACAGUUUUAAAUUCAGUAUGCAUUGUUAAGAUUUGUUAGAAAAAUACCUUUUACAGACAGUUUUGUCUCUAGCUUCAAAUUCCAUUGGGAUCAACUUAUUUUAAAUUAAAAGACUGCAAAAACUUGCACUUUUUUACUUUAAAGAUAUCAUGGAAUUCACUGCCAUAUUUAAAAGGUUCAUACAGACUGCCAAAGUACUACCAGGUUAGAAAUAAUGACUACUGGAGAAUGUUACGGACUACUGAGUCAAAUGGCACCCAGAUUGUACAAAGGAGGGUUAUCUGUUAAGAAAGGAGACUUGGCCCACCCUGAUCAGGUAAAUUACUGACUGUCCUCAUAACCAAAAUGCUGGUGUGGAGGGGAGAAAUCACCUCUGUCAUCUUCAGCUUCAUGGUCUUGGCCCAUGAAGUGAGUCCUAAGUAAUGUGUUACUAAUAGUGAAAGAACUAAAAUUGUAAGUCAGCUACUUUCUAAAAAUACUUACACUUGAGUGUAGUCAAAUGAUAUCUGAUGGUAUCAUUGCUCCUACGUUCUUACAGGUAUGCUUUCCUGAGUGGGAGGAAAAGGUUGACGUAGCAAGUAGCAUGAAAGUCUAUGUAAUCAAGAGCCUGUUUAUCAGUGUCACUACCAGCAUUGCAGAGAGCAAUCAGAACUGACAUAUAGCCAGUUAUAUGUAUAUGUGUAUAUGUAUACAUAUGUAUACAUAUACACACAUAUGUAUAUAUGUGACAAUUAAAUAUGAUUACAAUGUUUUACUUUCAGACAAGGUACAUUUGAGGUCUGUCUGUAAAACUUGGGUAAAUGGUGAGGGUGUGUCACAUGGGAGACUAUCAUAAAUGAUGUGCUAUGAUAUAAAAAAUGUUGAGAAAUCCAAGCUCAUGGUUUAUGAUGGCCACAAAAGAAAACCCUGGACUCUAGAGUCAGACAAGUGCCCUGGACUUUGGGAAACUUCCACAAAAGUUCAAAGACAAAAGAAAUUUUUCUUUAAAGAUUUUAUUUAUUUGACAGAGAGAGAGACAGCAAGAGAGGGAACACAAGCAGGGGGAGUGGGAGAGGGAGAAGCAGGCUUCCCGUGGAGCAGGGAGCCUGAUGCGGGGCUCCAUCCCAGGACCCUGGGAUCAUGACCUGAGCUGAAGGCAGACGCUUAACGACUGAGCCACCCAGGUGCCCCAAAGACAAAAAAUUUUCAACCCACAGACUUGAGUCUCAAAAAGGGAUUAUGGCUAACAAAGGGAGAUUUUAAAAACCCAAAAACUUUUAGCUGAAUAACUGCAAAAUAUUUAAAUAAAACAGGAGACAGCUCAGGAAAGUUGAAUGGCUGUCUACUCAUCUGAAAGUUUAAAUAUAUGUAGAAGACAUAAAGAAGGAAGAGUAAUCAAGGAUGAAGGUAGAGGUGCAGCAAAUCUAUUAUGAAAGUGCCAUAAACUAGAGCCCCCAGUAAACUGAAGAUCAAAAAUAUGGUAAAGUUGACCAGAAGGAACUGGAAGGCUUUUCUGUUGUAGUUGUUAAAAAGAAAAAAGAAAUAAUAAGUCUACUGUUUAGAGAUGAUAAGAGAAAGUAUAUCAAAGAAGUAGCAGAAUCAUUCAACUCCUAUUUUUUCUUCUCUUUUCUAAAUGGGUUUUUCAACUGAAUAUGGAGAAGAAACGAUGAAAAGUGAAAAUUUUAGCCCAAGAUAGGUAAGGGAUUAGUAAAUUAACUCCAGGAUAUUUUAAAUGAGGCCAGAUGAAUUACCAGGAUGGUAACAGAAUUUUCAGCCAUAAUCUCAGAGCUACUGUUUAGUAGUCUUUGAAAAGUCAUGGCAAAUAGGAGAGAUACCACAGAUCAUAAAUGACUAACUUUCAUCUUUAUUUUUGAAGAUUAGAAUAGGGUAGGUUUUGGAAAUUAUGGGCACCUUGAUUCAUGCAUGCAGAAUUGACAACAGAUUGUUAAAAGGCUUGUUUUUGAGCAUGCAGAAAUGAAUGUUAUGGUCAUUAGCAGUCAACAAAUGUCAACUAAGGAGAAGCUUUAAUAAACCAGUAUGGCUUAUUUUUAAGGAGGUUACUAGGCAGAUAGAUCAAAGGACUGCUUGAAAAUCAAAUAGUAGCUAGCCCUUGUUAUUUGUCCUUCCUUGAUGGAGUAAUAAGGGUUGCUUCCUCUCAAAAAUGUCUAGUAAUGGCUUUAAGUAACACGAGAAAGUGUUUGUUAGGGUGCCUUUCCCCUAUUUAGCAUUUUUAUAAAUGACUGAACACAGACUUCUCAGCUCUGCAGAGGACAUGAAAAUAGACAGGAUAUCUUAAGUUGGUGCUUCUCAAACUUCUCCCCAGAAUAUUCCUAAUGGAAAGGGAAAGUAAACAUGUACAUCUGAGAAACCAGGGCAAUUAUCCUAAGUGGCUGCCAAAAGAGAGACAUUUCUCUGAAUUAUUUUGUCUUAAUUAAAAACUAUGUGAAUUUCCACUCUAUUUCAUAUUUUUAAAAAAAUAUAAUUCUCUAAUCAACUUCUUUCUUUCCUUCCUUCCUCCCUUUCUUUUUCUUUCUUUUUUGUAAAAAUGGCAUCUCUGUGCCUCUGAAUACUUUGGCACAUAUUCCCCUGAGAUGCUCUGCUUAUCUUCAUCCAAGUCAAUCAUAAAAACCUUAAGUAGAAUAGGGUAAAAAACAGAGAACUAUGGCUCUCUAUUAGAGGCUAUUUCAUGCUGAAUAAAGCCAUCAAUAAAUGCACUUAUAGGAUAGGUAAGGCACCAAAUCUUGAAAAGGAUCUUAAUAAGAUGGCAUAUUAACAGAAUUAAAUCUAACAGGGAUAAAUAUAAAAAUUUGCAUUUAAACUGGCACAAGUAUGGGUGUUCAAGUGAUAAAAAAAAAUCUGUGACUUGAGAUGUUUAAUUUAGAUUUAGAAUGAUUCCAAUCAUUCUAUGAACCAACAGAGUUAUGUAAUUGCUAAGUAUGGUAGCAUUAAAUUACUUUAAUAUAAGUGGUAGACAGACCAAGAAAGGUAACAGUCCCUCUAUGUUCUGCAUUAAUAAACCAUUUUUACAAGAGCAAGUUUAAUUUGGGUGCCAAAUUUAAUAGGGACCUUGAUAAACUAUGGAGCAUCCAUAGAAAGAAAACUAAGAUCACCGAGCCUCUAGAAACUUUAUCAUGCAAGAAAGGGUUAAGAACCUAGAGCACAUAGACUAGGAGGAGACCAGAUGAGCUUAGUGCAGUACAUGUUGUCCUGGAGCAUGGUGCUGAGGAGCAUCUACAUAGGUUGUCAAAAUGGAGGUCACUGGGUUCCGCAGGUAGAAACUUGGAUUCAGCAGCCUGGGGCCUUGGAAGGUGAGGUGAAGACUCUGGAUGUAGAAGCAGUAUUCGAAUUAUAAAGAAGCAGAGUGGCUCCACAUUAAAAAAACCAAUAAUCUUUCCUGGUAACAACUAGAGUUAGAGAACAGCAUAGAAAGGCAUACUGCAAUAAUAUCAUUUAGGACAUUCAUGGAUAUUCCAGGAGUCAGGGAUGAUACAGAAGGGACACUGAAGGACACUGUAGACUGAAAGUCCUCUGGUCAAUCAUUUGGACUAUAGCAGAGAGAAAGAAAAAUUAAUAAAAGUAUAUUCAUUGGUUUUAGUGGAAAGAGAAUGCUAACAUUUGUAUUUAUGA